GGUCGUGGGGCGGAGCUGGGGGCGGGUCGCCAGGACGGCCAGCCGGGGGCUGGGGCCCCAACCGCUCAGCCGGAGCGCUGUGCACUCAGCUGGUCCGCCUGUCAGGCCGUCGCCGCCAGUCGCCUGGCUUUCCGCCCUGCGGCGCCCGGCCCUUCCCCAUGCUAACACCUCGAACUACGGACACCGGGGUCCCCAUGUCCCAAACCGAGGCUGACCUGGCUCUGCGGCCACCGCCGUCUCUCACCUCCUCCGGGCCGAUCCGCUUGGGGCCACCUCCUCGCCGAGUGCGCCGCUUCUCUGGGAAGGCUGAACCCCGGCCUCGCUCUUCGCGACCCAGCCGCCGCAGCUCAGUCGAUUUGGGACUGCUGAGCUCCUGGUCUCAACCAGCCUCACUCCUUCUGGAACCCCCGGAUCCUCCGGACUCCGCUCGACCCACGAGGAGCCCACCUCCUAGCUCCAAAGAAACCCCCGAGGGCACAUGGACCGGGGCAGCCCCGGUGAAGGCUGCAGACUCGGCAAGUCCUGAGCUUACGGGACCUUCAGGAGGUCCCGGGUCCCGGGAGCCUCCGAGGCUUCUUGAUGCUGCAGCCCGGGAGCGGCGGCGGGAGCAGGAAGAGAAAGAGGACACAGAGACCCAGGCUGUGGCAACAUCUCCGGACGGCCGAUACCUCAAGUUUGACAUUGAAAUUGGAAGAGGCUCCUUCAAGACCGUGUAUCGAGGGCUAGACACCGACACCACGGUCGAGGUGGCCUGGUGUGAGCUGCAGACUCGGAAACUGUCUCGAGCUGAACGGCAGCGAUUCUCCGAGGAGGUUGAGAUGCUCAAGGGGCUGCAGCACCCCAACAUCGUCCGCUUCUACGACUCGUGGAAGUCGGUGCUGAGGGGCCAGGUUUGCAUCGUGCUGGUCACUGAACUCAUGACCUCGGGCACGCUCAAGACGUACCUGAGGCGGUUCCGCGAAAUGAAGCCCCGAGUCCUUCAGCGCUGGAGCCGCCAAAUCUUGCGGGGACUUCAUUUCCUACAUUCCCGAGUGCCCCCCAUCCUGCACCGAGAUCUCAAGUGUGACAACGUCUUCAUUACCGGCCCUUCGGGCUCUGUCAAAAUCGGAGAUCUCGGACUGGCCACACUCAAGCGCGCCUCCUUUGCCAAGAGCGUCAUCGGGACCCCGGAGUUCAUGGCCCCCGAGAUGUAUGAGGAAAAGUACGAUGAGGCGGUGGACGUGUACGCCUUUGGCAUGUGCAUGCUGGAGAUGGCUACAUCUGAGUAUCCCUACUCUGAGUGUCAGAACGCAGCACAAAUCUACCGCAAAGUCACUUCGGGCACAAAGCCCAACAGCUUCUACAAGGUGAAGAUGCCGGAGGUGAAGGAGAUAAUUGAAGGCUGCAUCCGCACGGAUAAGAAUGAGAGGUUCACCAUUCAGGAUCUCCUGGCCCACGCGUUCUUCCGCGAGGAACGAGGUGUGCACGUGGAACUGGCCGAAGAGGAUGACGGCGAGAAGCCGGGCCUCAAGCUCUGGCUGCGCAUGGAGGACGCGCGGCGCGGGGGGCGCCCACGGGACAACCAGGCCAUCGAGUUCUUGUUCCAGCUCGGCCGGGACGCUGCUGAGGAGGUGGCUCAGGAGAUGGUAGCCUUGGGCUUAGUCUGUGAAGCCGACUACCAGCCAGUGGCCCGUGCAGUUCGGGAAAGGGUUGCUGCCAUCCAGCGGAAGCGGGAGAAGCUUCGAAAAGCUAGGGAGUUGAAGGUUCUCCCACCGGAGUCAGGACCUCCUCCAGCAACUGCGUCCAUAGCUCCUGGUCCCCCCAGUGCCUUUCCCCCAGAGCCUGAGGAGCCAGAGGCUGACCAGCACCAAUCCUUCCUCUUCCGCCAUGCAAGCUACUCAUCUACCACCUCUGAUUGCGAGACUGAUGGCUACCUCAGCUCCUCCGGCUUCCUGGAUGCCUCAGACUCCGCCCUUCAACCCCCCGGGGGGGUGCCAUCCAGCCCCGCUGAGUCCCAUCUCUGCUUGCCCUCGGGUUUCGCCUUGUCCAUUCCACGGUCUGGUCCCGGCAGUGACUUUUCUCCUGGGGACAGCUAUGCCUCAGAUGCAGCAUCGGGCCUCAGUGACAUAGGAGAGGGGGGACAAAUGAGGAAAACUCCAGUGAAGAAUCUUCGUCGGAGACCCCGAUCCCGGCUUCGGGUCACUAGUGUCUCAGACCAGAAUGACAGAGUUGUGGAGUGCCAGCUACAGACCCACAACAGCAAGAUGGUGACCUUCCGAUUUGAUCUGGACGGGGACAGCCCAGAAGAGAUCGCAGCUGCCAUGGUGUAUAAUGAGUUCAUUCUGCCCUCGGAGCGAGAUGGAUUCCUGAGCAGGAUCCGGGAGAUUAUCCAGCGAGUGGAGAGCCUGCUGAAGAGAGAUUCUGGUCCCCCAGAGGCUGCUGAAGACGCCCUGAGCCCUCAGGAAGAGCCAGCAGUAGUGCCUGCCCUCCUAGGCCCAUCCAAUGGUAGGUUCUGCAUUCUAUUCCUGUUCAUCCCAACCCCUGGGCGGACCUUGUGGAGGGUACAGGGCAUGGGGGUCUGGAAUUUCAACCCUCCCUCCUCAGCAGAGUCCCAGAGAAGCAUCUCCCCGGAACAGAGGAGCUGGGCAGCCUUCUCCACCUCUCCAUCUUCUCCUGGAACCCCCCUGUCCCCUGGAACCCCAUUUUCCCCUGGGACCCCCCCUGUCUUCCCAUGCCCCAUCUUUCCUAUCAGUUCACCCUUAUGUCACCCCUGCCCAUUCUCCCAGGCCUCUUCACACCCCUGUCCACAGGCCCCCAGCUCCCCACUCCCAUCCUUCUCCAGUGCUUCUCAGUUUCCACUCUCAUCCUCUCACCUUCCUACGGGUUCUCUCCCCACCAGCUCUCCUCAGCCACUCUCUCCUAGUUGUUCCCAAGUCACUCUUAACCCCUCUCCUUUUCCUGUCUGCCCCUCUCCUCCUCCCCUCCCCUCUACUACAGCAGCCCCUCUCCUCUCUCUGGCUAGUGCCUUCUCUCUGGCUGUGAUGACUGUGGCCCAGUCCCUGCUGUCCCCCUCCCCUGGGCUGCUUUCCCAGUCUCCGCCAGGUCCUCUGCCUAGCCUGCCCCUUCCCCUUGCUUCUUGUGGCCAGGAGAGCCUUUCACCCCAAACAGCUGAGACCGAGAGUGAGGCUUCCCAAAAUUCUGCCCAGCCGCUACUGGGUGAAGCUAGACUGGCACCCAUCUCUGAAGAAGGAAAGCCCCAGCUCGUCGGGCGUUUCCAAGUGACUUCAUCCAAGGAGCCAGCCGAGCCACCCCUGCAACCAGCACCAACUCUCUCCAGCUCCCUAAAACUUCCAACCCCUCAGCUGACCUCAGAGAGCUCAGACACAGAGGACAGUGCUGCCGGAGGACCAGAGACCAGGGAGGCUCUGGCAGAGAGUGACCGCGCAGCCGAGGGCCUAGGGGUUGCGGUCGAAGAGGAAGGGAAUGAUGGGGUCCGAACUGGGGGAAGCUCCCCACUCCUGAGUCAUCCCAGCCCGGUGUGGAUGAACUACUCCUACAGCAGCCUGUGUCUGAGCAGUGAGGAGUCAGAGAGCAGUGGGGAGGACGAGGAGUUCUGGGCUGAGCUGCAGAACCUUCGGCAGAAGCACUUAUCGGAAGUGGAGGCACUACAGACCCUACAGAAAAAAGAAAUCGAGGACUUGUACAGCCGGCUUGGGAAGCAGCCCCCACCCGGGAUCGUCGCCCCGGCCGCUAUGCUGUCCUGCCGCCGGCGCCGCCUCUCCAAGGGCAGCUUCCCCACUUCCCGCCGCAACAGCCUGCAGCGCUCUGAGAUCCCUGGCCCUGGCAUCAUGCGAAGGAACUCUCUGAGUGGCAGCAGCACUGGCUCCCAGGAGCAGCGGGCAAGCAAGGGGGUGACAUUCGCCGGGGAUGUUGGCAGGAUGGUGAGGGCGGGCCCAAGGGAGGGAGAGCCCAGGGAACGGUGACUGGCAGCGGCUUUGUCUCCUUUCCCCUUUGGGCAUCUCUUCAGCACUUUUCUUUUCCCCUCCAGUGAAUUCAGAACAGAAGUCCUAUGUCUCCCCAACACCAGGUCCACCAUGGCACUUGGGCUCUCAGAAUCUGAUGCUUUUGUGACCAACUGAACUCAGCACAGAACACCCCAGCACUGAGAGGGUAUAGAAGGCCUGUGGGCAUGCACAGUGCGGUUGUGUUAUCCUGAAGAAGCAAACAUAUGGGAACUCUCUGCUGUGUGGAAAUAUCAUUUCUGUAGCCUACCCCACCUUCGUCUUCCGCUCCUCCCCAGGCAAGGGCCAACCACUAAGCAAUCCCACUCAAGUCCAGAUGCUUCUAGAAGGCCAGCUUCCAGCUGGGAGUGUAGGAGGUGUGCUCACACCACCAACCAAAGUUAACAGCAACCAAUAAAAAUACUGGAAAGGAC